ACCCGGCAUAGUUGAGAGGGGCUCGUGGAGGGAGGAUGUGACCGGGCUCAGCGCGCCCCCCCCGGCAUGGAACCGUGGAUGUGAGAGCUCAGCGGAUUCUAACGGGAUUCUUUCUACUGGUUUUUAUCCAAAUGGGAACUAAGUGGGCUCCAGUCCACUGGUGCAAAGCUCUCCGUGGGUGUGUGAGGGAUGUCGUGUCUGGGCUGAAGCCCCUCCCCCUCCCAUGAGCCCGUGUGCCCACACACACACACCUGGCGCCUCCACGCACUGACGCUGUGAAGCGACCCCCCCGGAGCCCAGCCUGAGGAUGUCCACGGAGACGGAGCUGCAGCCGGGGGUCCGGCGCGGCGUGAGGCGGGACCCCCGGAGGAAAGGGCAGGAUCGGAGCGAGGCGGCUCUCAUCAGGCGUUUUAAGGGCGAUGGCGUCCGCUACAAGGCCAAGCUCAUCGGCCUCGACGAGGUCACGGCGGCCCGCGGAGACCGACUCUGCCAAGACUCCAUGAUGAAGCUCAAGGGUGUCGCUGCAGCAGCUCGGUCCAAAGGAGAACACAAACAGAAGGUGUUCCUCACCGUCUCCUUCGGGGGCAUCAAGAUCUUCGAUGAGAAGUCAGGAGUCCUCCAGCACCUCCACGCCGUCCACGAGAUCUCCUACAUCGCCAAAGACAUCACGGACCACCGCGCCUUCGGCUACGUCUGCGGGAGGGAGGGGAACCACCGCUUCGUGGCCGUCAAGACGGCCCAGUCGGCGGAGCCACUGAUCCUGGACCUGCGGGACCUGUUCCAGCUCAUCUACGAGAUAAAGCAGCGGGAGGAGAUGGAGAAGAAGGCCCAGAAGGACAAGCAGUGUGAGCAGGCCGUCUACCAGACGAUCCUGGAAGAGGACCUGGAGGACCCGGUCUACCAGUACAUUGUGUUUGAGGCGGGACACGAGCCCAUCCGCGACCAAUCAGAAGAGAGCAUUUAUCAGGUUCCCACCAGUCAGCAGAAGGAGGGGGUCUAUGACGUCCCAAAGCGACACCCAAAUAUCAACCACUUAGAGCUCUUCGGGGACAUGUCGACCCCCCCAGACGUCACCUCCCCAUCGACCCCCGCCUCUCCAGCAGACACCCUGGCCCCCCCGCUGGGCCUGCAGCCCCCCACCGAACUGUUUUCCCCCUUCAACCCUGCCCCGGUGCCCUCAGGGUAUGUGACGAUGGGGGCCGUCCCCCCCGGCCACUGGUCCCAGCAGGCCUUCGCCAGCCCGACGCCGCUGGCCUUCGGGGUCCAGUCUCCUCUGGGGGGGGGGCAGCCCCUCAUCUGGGGGCAGGCCAACAUCUUCCCCGCCACGCAGCAGCAGUGGGCGGCCAUGGCCUCCGGAGCCUUCCCCCCCCCGGCCUACCUCCCCGCCCAGCCCCCCCUGCCAGCCGCCAUGUUCCACACCCUCGCCCCCGUCGCCGCGGGGGCUCCGCCCGCCGAGGGCCCCCCCCACUCGGUGUCUUCGAGUCCGCAGCACGGGGAGAGGGCGAGGAAGGCGGGCAAGGAGAUGUUCAAGGACUUCCAGCUGGCGAGGCCCCCAGCCAUGCGGGCGGAGCAGGCGGAGCAGGCGGUGCUGGCCUGCACCUCGCAGGCCUUCAGCAGCUACUUCAGCCGCGUGGGGACGGCGCAGGACACCGACGACUGUGACGACUUCGACAUCUCGCAGAUGAACCUGACGCCCGCCGCCUCCACCUCGCCCUCCACCGCCUCCCCCCCCACGCCGGCCCCCAGGCAGAGCUCCCCCUCCAAGUCCUCCGCCUCCCACGUCAGCGACCCCCCCACCGACGCCACCGACCCCCCCACCGACGACUCCUUCGGGGAGGCGGAGGGAAGCCCGAGUCGCAGUGGAGAAGACGCUAAGGGGACGGACCCUCUCUACGCCCGGAUCAACAAGGGGAAGAAAUAAAGAGACGCACAGGAAGACCAGAGGACGGGAGUGUGUGUCUGUGUGAGACAUGUCCCUCUCCCUCCUCCUCCUCCUGGGGAGACGGCCCAAUUCCCACCCGGCAGCACGGACAUCAACCACCGAGACAGAUCCCGGUGAAUGAACGGUGCCUCCCCAUCUCCAACACCCCUGCCCCCCCAGGGAGGAGCUGGACUCUUUUAAUGAGCUAAUCAGGGACAGGGAUUUGCUGAUUGGGUUUUCUUGUGAGGUUCUACUGGAUCACGAUGCAAAAUGGACUCUGUGGGACCCCCCCCCAAACACACACACAGACACACACAUACACAUCAAGUCUCGCAUAAUCUACACACACACACUCGCUGUGAUUCGCAGUCUGACGGACUCACACGAAGGAGCCUACUCCCCGAAGUGGAAGGAGCCUACGCCCUGAGUGGGAGGAGCGUAUCCCUCCUGAGUGGGAGGAGCCUACUCCCCUGGGUUGGAGGAGCCUACGCCCUGAGUGGGAGGAGCCUACGCCCUGAGUGGGAGGAGCCUAUGCCCUGAGUGGGAGUUGUUUAAACUGUUUCUUCUCUAAAGCUUUUGUACAAAAAAAUCACAAAAACUAUUUAAUUUUUACUUUAUAAAUCAAUGGCGCCGAUGAGUAGGGGGAGGGGGGGGGGGGGGGGCUUUAAAGUCGCCAAAACCCAUUUUGUAAAUAAUUACAACACACAACGACCUUUGAGUCUGGACCUCUGCGCCAUAAAAUAGGAAAUAAGGCUUCAGUUAUGCAAACGUUCACUCAAGCAAUACCAACAGCCCCCCCCCCCCCCAGAUUUCUUUUGUUUUGGCAUUGUCUACUGUUUUUUUUAGCCCCACCCCCUUCACAAUAUUAUUCCCCCCACCCCCCGAUUCUGAUGCCCCCCGCCUGUCUGUUGGUUCCCAAUUUCAUGGCCAGAGCCCCCCCAUGAGAACUUUUAUUUUUUAUUACUCUUUCUUUGGUCAAUGAUGUUGAUCAAUUUAAAUCAUGUGACGAGUAGAAGAUGAAUUUAACUUUACCUCAGAUCAAACGUUUCUUAAUGUAAAUGAUUAUUUUUAUCUUUCAUUCUGCAGUGAAGAUUUUAGAUGAUUUUUGGUUUUCUCUUGAUUUCACGUUACUCAAUAAACACGUCGAAAUGA